UUAAGUUGUCGUUCAAGUCAAGUGGAAGAAGACACUAACAAAAAAAAAUUUGUAUAAAUUCCAACAUGGCCUCUGAAGAUUCAUGGGUAUUGGACUCGUUGGUGUGUUUUUUGCAUGGACCUGUUUGGAAUGCGCCACUGCAGACAUUUAUAGAAGAAAAGUCCUUAGUUUUCGAUCCCAAUAUGCAAAUCGCUGAAGAUAGUCCCGAUAUUGUUGUCAUACAUAAUGAGUACAAAAAUCUGGUUGACUACAUGUUGGGCAGUUUUAUGGAGGAAAUGCAAAUUACGCCCGAACAAUUUGAGACGGCUUGCUUGGAGGGUCGAAAUCCGGAUAAUCAUUUACAUUUUCAUCAGGGGCUCUUUCAGCAGAUCUGGGCGGCCAAUGAUAUAAAAAUGUUCAUACGCAUGAUGACCCAACGGAAUGUCGAGUUGCAAUUGCAGGCAUUGGAUCUCAUAGAGAAAAAUCAAUUGGCAUUGCUGCAGGAAAGCGACCUGGUUGAUAACGCCAGUCCUACGGAGAGUAGUUGCUCACAUUGCGAAAAAUAUGACGAAGCCGUCGAGGAUUUUAUAGCGAAGUCCAUUGAGAAAGAACUCGAGAGCCCCGAAGCAGCAGUAACUCCGGAGCCGGAAAGCAUAGACGCAGCUGUGAAUGAUAAAUUUGAGCGGCUUAAUUUGUUCUUUGAGAAUCAGAAGGUCGAUCCCGAAGAUGUUGUGUCGAGACAGGAGUAUCUUCGUCAGCAACGUGAUAAAAUCAUUGAAAUCAAGAAAAAGACACGCGUCAAACAGCUGCUCGAUACGGUGGCACGUAAAAGUGCUACUGAUUUGGUAUCCACUGGUCGUCCAUCUUCGGCCCAAGCGGCCCAGAAAUUACUGGAAAAUGGUGGAAAAACAACUGAGCUGCUAGAGAAGGAGAAAGAUGCUGAAGGCCAAGGUGGAGAUGAGACGCAAAGUUCAGCAUUGCAGUUGCGUAAGACUUUGGCUAAACGUUUGCGCGCCGAAGUGGUGGAACAUCAGUAGACAAGUCACCCGAAAGUUGCAAUGUAGCAGAGCUUUUACUAUUACUUACACUUGAAUGCAAUAA